AUGUUCCGACAAAUUUCGGAGGAGCUAAUUGAUGACUUCUGUCGUUGUGGGAAGCCUACUGUGCGAAAGACGUCAUGGGCUGAUGGUAAUGCGGGGCGGAGGUACUCAGCAUGCGAAAAGUACCGGUUUGCAAGUAAAGAAAUUGUCCUGUCAACAAUUCAUGGACAGAUGGAGAGAGAGGCAUUCCCAAGUACACGACUCGCUCUGCUAAGAGGACGGACGCUAAAUCCGGAGGAGGUUGAUCCUCCGCGCUUCCCAUUUCAAAAGGAAUCACCUGUUAAACACAAGAUGCAGCAACUCAACACUGAUAACAACACUUCACACUUCCAGCUAUAG